UUAAAACAUAGCAAUAUAACAUUGUGGGGGAUAUAUUUCCAAUAUUCUUUCUAGUUGAAAAUUGAAAUCGAGGGUUAGGCGGUCAGUAGCAAUAAUUAAAUCGAAGUGUAGAAACGAGUAAAAAUUCGAUAAAGUGCAAUAUAUCGUCAUACAAGACAAAAAAACAACAAACACGAGAAGAAAAACUUACAAAACACCCCGCACAUACACAAUAAAACAGAAUCAUGUCUGAUGCACAGAGCGAUAACCCAAUCUACGGACCCUUCUUCGGAGUCAUGGGAGCAGCCUCAGCCAUCAUUUUCAGUGCUCUGGGAGCCGCCUAUGGUACCGCUAAAUCAGGAACUGGUAUCGCUGCCAUGUCAGUGAUGCGACCAGAAUUGAUCAUGAAAUCUAUCAUUCCCGUUGUCAUGGCUGGUAUUAUUGCCAUUUACGGUUUGGUCGUAGCUGUCCUUAUUGCUGGUGCUUUGGAAGAGCCCUCAACUUACACACUGUACAAGGGUUUCAUUCAUUUGGGUGCCGGUUUGUCGGUAGGUUUCUCUGGUUUAGCGGCAGGUUUUGCGAUCGGUAUUGUUGGUGAUGCUGGUGUAAGAGGUACAGCACAGCAGCCGCGUCUCUUCGUCGGUAUGAUUUUGAUUCUCAUUUUCGCUGAAGUAUUGGGUCUGUACGGUCUUAUUGUUGCCAUUUACUUGUACACAAAAUAAAUUAAUUCAACAAUUAAAACCACAAAUCCAACAUCCACAUCAACUAAAAACAAAAAUAUGCAAAAAAAAUCAACCAACCAAACAAUCAUUAAAAAUGCAACAAGCAACAUCCAUCAAAGAAAUUUGUAAUAAUAUAAACGCAGCAACAACCAAACAAAGCCAAGGCGAGCAGGAUCAGCGACAAGUAUUAGAGUAAAAGUAGCUGGCAAACAAUGGUAAAAGCAGCAGUAGCAGCAGCAGCAGCAGCAGCAGCAGAUCUCAAGCAGAGCCACAAGAAUUGCUUGUAAAAAAGCCAAAAUGAAAAUAAAGUUCUACGAAUGGCUGAUUUUUAGUAUUGAAAUAUUCAUAACGUCGAUGAAAGGAAGAGACAAACGAGUUGUUGCGAGACAGUAUUGCUUUACAAAAUGUCACAACAUUCUGUAUUUGCCUCGAGCCGCACACAAUUUCGUCUAUAUGUAUGUCUAUAUAUAUAUAUAACCCAGCUUUAUUCUAUUUAUGUUACGUUACUUUAUGAUUUUAAUUUAUUUUUUGGGGAACUAAGACCAUUAUCAACAACCAAAACAAAAAAUUACAACAAUUUAUAUUUGUAUAUACAUAAAGUAACCAAGUGUUAAACUAAAAAGAAGUCUGGGUUUCUUUUUUCGCCGUGAUUGCAAUGGGAAUAAAGUAACUACGGAAAUGUUA